CAUGAAUUAAUAUCUAUGGGUAUUCCUGCUGCAGCCUUUUAUGCUUCGUCUGAACAACCUCCUGAACUACAAGAAAGAAUUUUUGGAGAAUUAGCUUCAGGAUUAACAAAAAAAGAUGGCAAAAUUAGAUUUAUGUCUGUAACAAAUGCUUUUGGAAUGGGAAUUAAUAUAUCAGACAUAAGGGCUAUAAUACAUACUACAUUUCCAAUGUUCCUUGAUAGCUUUAUUCAAGAAAUAGACCAUGCAGGCCAUGAUGGUAAUGGUGGACGUAAUAUCAUAUUUUUUUCUCGAGCUGAACUUCAAAAUAUUGAAAUAUCUCAAGAAUUCGAUGAAUCAUCCAGUUUGACAGAAAUGGUAGCUCCUACAAAUCAGAAAAAACAUUUAAAAGAAAAAAGAAAACAAUUAUUAGAAAUGCCUGGAGAUUCUGAUAUUCCAGAGUGUCAUAACUGUGAUAAUUGUUGCCAAUAUGAAGCCAUUUCUACUGAAUGGCAAAAUGUUAGCAAUAAGUUAUUACGAAUCUCAAGAGAUGAUAUCGCCGAUUGUUUUAUGGGUUCAAAAGGAAAAAAUGCAGUUAGUAAAGAUCUAAGUUCUAUAGAAAGUUAUGGAGUCUCAUCUGAAAGUUGUUCAAUUUUUAACGAAGAUUGCUUAUAUUUGAUCAAUUCAUUGAUCUUAGCGGAGAUUAUUACCGAAGAGGUUGAUAUCAAGUAUUCUAAAGAAGCAAAAUCAUUAUCAUAUUCAUCUAGUUUGGUAAGUUUAAAGGAGAAUACAUUAAAUUUUGUAUCCACUUUAGAAUGGAAAUUAUUGAUGAGG